AUGACUAGGAUGACGAGUGAGACCACAGCCCCACGGUGGCAGACGUGCUCACCAGCAGCGGCGCGGAUCCGGACCUCGACAGCUCAUCCGCGCCGGGCAGAGGCACUGCCGGCGGCUACCGUCAGUCUCGCGCUCCGACCCGUCCUGGGCUCUUGCGGGUGCACGAAGCCCCCGCAGCACAGUUCCCGGGAAGGCACAGAUCCUGGGGGCGCCGGGGGGGAUGCCAAGUACGGGGGCACUUCCUGGCUCGACGCCACGAGCUCCCAGUACUUCCUGCUCAACGGCCAACAGCUUUUCCAACCGCCUCCCGGUACCCUCGAGGACGCCGUCGCCAUCCGAGAUAAACCCGGCCUUUGGGAGUAUGGGCAGCAAAGGGCACGUGGUGUGUGCGGGCUGGCUCUGGCUAGCGACCCCGGAGGCCUUGAAGCCCAUUCGACGUCGUCUGGGGAUCCCGGAGCUCAUCCUUUGCGGUCUCAGGCUCAGAUUAGGUGGGACGUGAUCUCCGGAGGAAAGAAAGCCCAGCGGGAAGGUCCCAGUCGCAGCUCUGCGCCUCCGGGGCACCCGUGCGCGCGGAAAUUUGCUAGCUGCGCCCUGUGCCCCUCCCGGUCCCCUUCUGCCUUCCGCUCUGCCUCCCAGAGCCCGGCCGUCUCAGAAGAGCCGGCAGAGAACGAUAGACGGGGCUGCGUCCCCACCGCAGCUGGGACUUUUUUCUGCUCCACAACUGACGCCCGGUCCGGGGUCUGGAAGGGUUUCCACGUGGACGAACCCUUCUUGGAACGUCGAGGGAAGUCCCAAGGCUCUGGCCAACCCUUUGACCCGUGUUUCCGUGGCGACCGUGGAGUUGGGGACCGUACAGAAAUCCUUUCCUUUCCCGCCUUGACACUCCCUUGUUCCAGACCCCGUGAGAAGUCACAUGAACAACGAGCAAAACAUAUCCGGAAAACUCGUGUGCACAAGCAUAAGGAGCCAGCAAAAACUUUCUUGAGGUCUCUUUUAAAGCUAAAGAUUCAAACUAUUCUUCAGGGAAGGAGAUUGGAGGCCUGGAAGGAAUGCUGGUUUGUCCUGUGGGAGGGCAAGACAAUCGGUGGCCUGGAUGUUCUGCAAUACCAUCAGAAUGAUCAUGAUUCAAAGCCCCUGGGGAGUAUCAACCUGCAAUCCUGUGAGCAGGUGGACGUAGACGUGACCCGGAAGGAGCUGCACGGGAAUUACAUGUUCGACAUCAAGACCAGUGAGCGCACCUUCUACCUAAUGGCUGAGACAUGGGAGGAAAGGAACAAGUGGGUGCAGAAUAUCGCCCAGAUCUGUGGCUUCACGGAGAUUGAGAAGACCACAGUCCGCUUCCGGACAAAAAGAUGGUUUGAUUCUGCAUGGGUUGAUCCUGUCUAUAUGAAGAAUGUCUCCUUUGAACAUGUAAAGGGAGUGGAUGAAGCUAAACAAAAAUUACAAGAAGUUGUUGAAUUCUUGAAAAAUCCACUAAAGUUUACUGUGCUUGGAUGCAAACUUCCAAAAGGAAUUCUUUUAGUUGGACCACCAGGGACUGGAAAGACACUUCUUGCCCAAGCUAUGGCAGGAGAAGCUGAUGUUCCUUUUUAUUAUGUUUCUGGAUCAGAAUUUGAUGAGAUGUUCCUGGGUUUGGGAGCCUGCCGUAUCAGAAAUCUUUUUAGGGAAGCGAAAGCAAAUGCUCCUUGUAUUGUAUGUAUUGAUGAAUUAGAUUCUGUUGGUGGGAAGAGAAUUCAAUCUCCAAUGGAUCCAUAUUCAAGGCAGACUAUAAAUCAACUUCUUGCUGAAAUGGAUUGUUUAAAAUGCACUGAAGGAGUUAUCAUCAUAGGAGCCACAAACUUCCCAGAGGCAUUAGAUAAUGCUUUCAUUCAUCCUGGUCGUUUUGACAUGCAAGUUACAGUUCUAAGGCCAGAUGUAAGAGGUCGGACAGAAAUUUUGAAAUGGUAUCUCAAUAAAAUAAAGUUUGAUGAAUCUGUUGAUCCAGAAAUCAUAGCUCAAUGUACUGAAGGCUUUUCUGGAGCAGAGCUGGAGAAUCUUGUGAACCAAGCUGUACUACUGGCAACUGCUGAUGGAAAAGAAAUGGUUUCCAUGAAGGAACUAGAGUUUUCCAGAGACAAAAUUAUAAUGGGCCCAGAAAGGAGAAGUGUGGAAAUUGAUAACAAAAACAAAACCAUCACAGCAUAUCAUGAAUCUGGUCAUGCUAUCAUUGCAUGUUAUACAGAAGGUGCAAUGCCUAUCAACAAAGUUACAAUUGUUCCACGAGGGUCAAUACUUGGAGAGGUCUCCCUGUUGCCUGAGAAUGACAAAUGGAAUGAGAGUAGAACCCAUCUACUUGCACAAAUGGACGUUAGUAUGGGAGGAAGAGUAGCAGAGGAGCUUAUAUUUGGAAUUGACUAUAUUACAACAGGUGCUUCUAUUGAUUUUGAUUAUGCAACUAAAAUAGCGAAACGAAUAGUUACCAAAUUUGGAAUGAAUGAAAAGCUUGGAGUUGGGACCUACAGUAAUACAGGGACACCGAGUCCAGAAACUCAAUCUGCUAUUGAACAAGAAAUAAGAAUCCUUCACAGGGACUCAUAUGAACGAGCAAAACAUAUCCUGAAAACUCAUGCAGAGGAACAUAAGAAUCUGGCAGAAGCUUUAUUGACCUAUGAGACUUUGGAUGCCAAAGAGAUUCAGAUUGUUCUUGAGGGGAAGAAAUUGGAAAUGAGAUGAUAACUCUCCUGACAUGGAUGCAUUGCCAGUUUUAUUGCAAGAAUAUAAGUAACAU